AUGUCCAACCACCAUAUCUUUGUGUCUUUUAUACCUUCCUCAGGAAUUUCAAAGUCACAAGAGGAUGUCCCUCAGCCCGAAUCCACUGGAAUGGCCAAAGCCCAGAGCCCAGGGGUAGGGGAGGUCUCCUCUGCAUCCGAAUACUUCUCCUGUGUUUCUUCUCCACACAAGCUCAUCCAUCGUAGCAAGGGAAUCCGGAAAUUACAAGGGAGUUCCAAGCCUAGAUCGCCAUUAGACCAGGUCCCAGAAGGAGAGGCGACUACUGCCCCCUCCCAACAUGUCUCAUCAUCUGGUCCAUCCUAUAAGACUUGUGAAUCCUCUCUGUGUAUAAACAGAGAGGACAGGGCGAUGAAAAUAUAUUACAUGCAGGUGCAAAUGAAAAAAGGUGUGGCUGUCUCUUGGGACACAAAGGAAACCUCAGAGUCCCUUGAAAAGCAGCCAAGGAUGGAAGAAGCCACCCUCCCUGAGGGUGUGUGGGUAGGAACUCCACCCUCUGAUGUGUCCACCAGAAACCUCCUGUCGGACAGCGAACCCAGUGGGGAAGAGAAAGACCACGAGGAAAAGCCAGAGUCAGACAGCCCCCCGGGAUCACCCGUGGUUGAAGAGAGACCCAGGGCCAAGACGCCCGACUGGCUGGUGACCAUGGAGAAUGGCUUCCGGUGCAUGGCCUGCUGCAGGGUCUUCCCCACGGUGGAGAGCCUCCAGGAGCACGUGCAGUACGGGAUCAGGGAGGGCUUCAGCUGCCACGUUUUCCAUCUCACCAUGGCUCAUCUGAUUGGCAACGCGGAAUCAGAGGGCACCCAGGAGGAGGAGGAAGACAGCAACGAGGAAACACAGAGACCCAAGGAAAGGAAGGCCGAGGGGCAGCAGACCGCAGAUGAUGUUGGUGUGAAGAAGCCGUGGAGCCAAUGUCCAGGCUAUGUGUUUGAUUCUCCAAAGGACCGAAGUGAGCAAAGGCUGGGUCUGCCGGUCGAUCGCAGACUUGCGCCUCUGCCGGGAAGAGAGGGCGGUUUGUCAGCUCCGGGAAUGAUGGAAGGGGGAUUAACCGGGCCCUCUGCUUCUUGCUCAGGAAUCUUACACGACUCAACUGAGAUUCCUGGGCCAGAAGAACUUGCAAGAUGGGGUGGCCUUCUCUUGGGAGAGGAAGAAGAAAGGACCCUCGAGAGACCAGUGGCAGUAGACAAUGCCAAUAGUGUAAAGGAAGAAGAAAAGACCAACAGUCACUCGAACACAUAAACACCAUAUGCAAUAAAGAGUAUUU